UUUAAAAUUAUUUUUUUUCUUUUACAGACUGAGACAACUAUAGGCCUCAGUUCAUUUCAACAGAAAAGUGUAUCCCUGUAUCGGGGAAAUUGCCGACCUCUCCGGUUUGAGCCACCAAUGCUGGAUUUCCAUGAACAGCCAGUUGGAAUGCCAAAAAUGGAAAAAGUUUACCUACAUAACCCUAGCUCAGAAGAAACAAUUACGUUAGUAUCAAUAUCUGCUACAACAUCACAUUUUCAUGCAUCAUUUUUUCAAAACAGGAAAAUUCUUCCGGGAGGGAAUACGUCCUUUGAUGUAGUUUUCCUCGCAAGAGUAGUGGGAAAUGUAGAGAACACUUUAUUUAUUAACACUUCUAAUCAUGGGGUAUUUACUUAUCAGGUGUUUGGCAUUGGGGUACCAAAUCCCUAUCGAUUGCGCCCAUUUAUUGGGGCACGAGUUCCUGUAAAUAGCAGUUUUUCUCCUAUAAUAAAUAUACAUAACCCUCACAGUGAACCUUUGCAGGUGGUAGAAAUGUAUUCCAGUGGAGGUGAUCUCCAUUUAGAGCUUCCAACAGGUCAGCAGGGAGGUACAAGGAAACUAUGGGAAAUACCUCCCUAUGAAACAAAAGGAGUGAUGAGAGCCAGCUUUUCUUCAAGAGAAGCAGAUAAUCAUACAGCCUUCAUUAGAAUAAAAACAAAUGCCUCAGACAACACAGAAUUUAUCAUUCUCCCUGUUGAAGUAGAAGUUACAACAGCUCCAGGAAUCUAUUCAUCAACAGAAAUGCUAGAUUUUGGUACACUACGAACACAAGAUCUGCCAAAAACUUUAAAUCUGCAUUUAUUAAAUUCAGGAACAAAAGAUGUGCCAAUUACAAGUGUUAGACCUACACCACAGAACGAAGCUAUAACAGUACAUUUCAAGCCAGUUACGUUAAAAGCCUCUGAAAGUAAAUAUACCAAAGUUGCAAGUAUUAGCUUUGAUGCGUCAAAAGCAAAAAAAGCAUCACAGUCUUCUGGGAAAAUAACUGUUAAAGCGAAAGAGAAGAGCUACUCCAAACUUGAAAUACCGUAUCAAGCAGAAGUGUUGGAUGGCAUCCGUGACAGUGCUGCUGAUUCCGUGGAAAGACUGAUCUAUCUAACAAACACGUUCAGUUUUGCAGUCCUUAUACAUGAUGUUGUGUUACCAGAAGAAGCAAAACCGAUGUUUAAAGUCCAGAACUUCAGUAAACCAGUCUUAAUUCCACCUAAUGAAUCCAGAUAUAUUUUUACACUUCAUUUUAUGCCUUCCACAUCAUCGGUUCAUAUAGAUAAUAAUAUUUUACUUAUCACCAAUGCUUCUAAAUUUCACCUACCUGUCCGAGCAUACACAGGAUUUUUAGAUUACUUCGUACUGCCUCCAAAAACUGAGGAACGAUUUAUAGAUUUUGGCAUACUGAGUGCAACAGAAGCUACCAGCAUUUUAUUUGCAGUCAUCAACAGCAAUCCGAUAGAGCUGGCUAUAAAAGGUUGGCAUAUUAUAGGGGAUGGUUUGGCCAUAGAACUUCUAACAACCGAGAAGGGAAACAGAACAACGAUAAUUGCCAACCACCAGGAACUACAAAAUGCUAGUGCGUCCGAUCAGUCUUCGGUGAUAUUAGCAUCAGGUUAUUAUGCUGUGUUUAGAGUAAAACUAAUAGCGAAAGAACUUGAAGGAAUUCAUGACGGAGCUGUACAAAUCACGACAGAUUAUGAGAUUUUAACUAUACCAGUGAAGGCAGUGAUUGCUGUGGGGUCUCUGACCUGCUCCCCAAAACAUGUUUUUCUUCCGCCUUCUUUUCCGGGGAAAGUAGUUCACCAGAGCCUGAACAUUAUGAACUCCUUUUCUCAGAAAGUGAAAAUACAACACAUACGCUCCCUGUCAGAAGAUGUAAGGUUUUAUUAUAAGAGGCUGAGAAGUAAUAAAGAAGAUUUAGAGCCAGGAAAAAAGUCAAAGAUUGCAAAUAUUUAUUUUGAUCCUGGUUUACAAUGUGGAGAUCAUUGUUAUGUAGGAUUGCCUUUUCUAUCUAAAUCGGAAUCUAAAGUUCAGCACAGCGUAGCGAUGCAAGAAGAUGCAUGGGAUUCUGACUGGGAUUUGCAUGAGAACUUGUUCAAAGAAUGGACAGACAUAAAAGAGAACUCAAGCCAUAGACUGAAUGCUGUAUUUGAAGUAGACACAGAUCUUCAGAAGGAUGUCCAGUUGAAAAUUACAGCAGAGAUGGCCUGGCCUUCCGUACUUAGUUCACCACGCCAGCUGAGCUUCCCUCUGACCAACACAAACGGUUCAUCAGAAGAAGAAAUUUUUGUAGAAAAUCCAGCUGACGUUCCCGUGUACGUUCAGUUCCUUCCUGUAGCUCUGUAUUCUAAUCCAUCCACCUUCGUGGAUAAAAUGUUAGACCGGUUGAAUUUGAGUAAGCCGACCAAUUUCAAUCUGAGGACUCUCGAGUUCCAGGUCUUCAGAAAUUGUGUCCAGCCAAUACAGAGCACAGUAGGACUUACAAAGGGCCUGGCUCGUCAUUCAGUUUUAAGCCUAAUGUUAAAACCUGGUGAGAGAAAGUCUGUCAAAGUAAAGUUCACUCCAGUUCUCAAUAAAACUGUGUCGUCAUUAAUUAUUAUCAGAAAUAAUUUGACUGUAGUAGAUGCCAUAAUGGUACAAGGACAAGGAACGACUGAGAGCUUGAAGGUUGCAGGCAAGCCGCCUGGUCCAGGAAGUUCUUUACGCUUUAAAAUCACAGAAGCAUUAUUAAAAGACUGUUCAGAAAAAAUGAAAUACAAAGAACCAAAUUUCACUCUGAGAAGAACGUUUAAAGUGGAAAAUACAGGGCAGCUGCAGAUUAAUGUGAAAACCAUGGAAAUCAGUGGUUAUACAUGUGAAGGAUACGGAUUUAAAGUAGUUAACUGUCAUGAGUUUGCACUAAGUGCCAAUGCCUCUAAAGACAUUGUCAUAUU